AUGCGCCUUUGCCGUCACCGGGCCCGAGGGUCGCUGUCGGCGUCAUUACGCCAAAUCCUCCCAGCCCUUUUAAAGCCUGAGGUGGCAGCAACGCUGAAACGCACAGUGGAAACUUUGAUGGAGAAAGGAGCCGUGGUGAGAAAUUUGGAAAACCUGGGAGAAAGGACCCUGCCAUAUAAAAUCUCAAAGCACAAUCAACGCCACACGAGAGGAGGGUAUUUUUUGAUAGACUUUGUUUCCCCACCAGCAGCUGUUUCAGAUGUGUUGGAGCAUUUAGGACGUGACAUUGAUAUAAUCAGGUCUUCUGUUUUGAAACAUCAAGUGAUAAAGACCGAAGAAUGUAUGGGUAUAAUCCCAGUCAACUAUGAAGAUAACCUGAUUACAAAGCAGAAAUAAAGAGCUGAAAACCAUGGA